UUAUUAAAGUUUAUCAAUGGAUAUAACCAAAAAAAACUUUCUCGAGCAGCUUCCAUCGAUUCGGGAAACGAUUCGGAAUGCAACGUUUUUUGCGAUCGAUUGUGAAUUCACUGGGCUGGCUUCGGAUCGUACCAUCUUUCCGUUUGAUACACCGGAGGAGGUGUAUUUGAAGAUGGUCGAAAAUAGCCCCCAGUACAUCAUCAUUCAGUUCGGGCUGUGUGCGUUUCGUGUUGAACCGCCAGAGGCAGUGAAGAAGGACGAGGAGAAGGAAGACACCGAACCGCGCGUAUCGUACAAAUGUUACAACUUCUACUGCUACCCGAAAGGCCGCACGGCCGUUUUCAGUUGUCAGGGUGAAAGUAUGCGCUUUCUCGCCGACAAUGGGUUCGAUUUUAAUCGACUCUUUCGGGAAGGACUUUCGUACGCCAACGAAAACGAUGAGCAGCGGUACAGGGCUGACCUAAAGGAGCGGCAACAAUCGCGUACGGCCACCAUACUAGCCGCAGCGGAAGAUGAAUCGAAUGAUGAACAGUCCAAAGGUGAACUGGCUGCGGAUGUUAAUGCGAUCCCGGUGCCUUUCGAACACCAGCAACAGGUGGACGAUACGGCAGCGAGUAUUGAAGAGUUUCUGCAAUCGGACCGUCCGGAACUGAUCGUCGGUAAUUGUAAUGCGUUCCAGCGGAAGCUCAUCUAUCAGUUGAUAGAACAACGCUUUCAGCGAAAAGUUUCCACCUCGACUGUGUCGUUGGAAAACAAUCAGAAGGCGAUUAAGGUGGAACGAAAACGUACGUACGAAGAGGAGCAGGCGUUGGACGAUCAGCGCCGAGUGCGGGAGAAUGAGGAUCUCGAAACGAGUGUCGGAAUGUCACUUGUGCUACAAGAGCUUUCGAAAGCACGCAAGCUAAUAAUUGGCCAUAAUAUGCUGCUAGAUUUGUUCUACGUGCUGCGUCAAUUCUUCAAGCCUUUACCAACGGAUUAUCAGGAGUUUAAGAAGCUUACGAAGGAAUACUUUCCACUGCUUCUCGAUACGAAGUAUCUGUGUACGAACGCGGAGAUUAAAGUAAAUGUAAACUCGUCCGUGCUAGCGCACGUGUACGAUGCGGUGAGCAAGGAACCCUUCACAAUCCCAACGGUACAUCCCGAGCUGCCUGAUCAUCAGUACAGUGUCGAUGAUGAGAAGAAGCACGAAGCCGGAUACGAUGCGUACCUUACCGGGCUGUGCUUCCUCGGGCUUGUCAGCCGGUUCAAGGUGAAUCUGCUGCAACUGCACAAGGACACCACGUUGAGGCAUUACAUGAACAGAAUAUUCAUUACCCGGCUAAACGAUGUCAACUACAUCUAUUUGAAUGGAAAAGAGCCGGCACAAACACGGGAACACAUUUUCUACGUUACCUUCCCGGACAGCUGGCGCACCAGUGACAUCCAAAGCAAAUUUAAACCGUUCGGUGCGAACCAUGUUAGCUGGCUGGACAGUACGUCUGCGUUCGUGUCGCUGCACAAUCGUCUUGCAUCGAGUUCGGUGCUGAAAACGAUUGGCUACCAUGUCGGCUUCAAAGUGUACAGCUUUGCACAGUUUACACAAAUGAAACUGCAACGCCCUGGUAUUAAACGAGGACGAAUCGGUUCGGGUAGUCCUGUCGCAGGAGCUCCAGCAGGAGUACGACACACACAACCAGUCGAUCAGUCGGGCGGGCAAGAAGAAAAAGAACAAAAAGAAGGCCAUAAAAUAGAUAGCCCGUCCGGUACGACCGGCAAGCGGAAGGGAACAACGGAUGAGGAACCGCCACCGUUGGUCGUCAACGAAACGGACAACGGGGAUAACGGUAACGAUGAUGAUGGUGGUGUUGGUGGUAGCUGGAGGACCGUUAAAAAGGCACGCAAAACUUUCGCCGACAACAACGAUUGGUGAGAGGUA